GGUGUUGCAGCGGCCGGGCUCAGUAUCUUGCCCUGCGCCGCCAGUUCCCUUCCUCGUACUUUUGCCCCGGUUUCGCUCCAGAUCUCCCCGGGCCUUCACUUGCUGUCCCUGAGCCCUGCAGUCCGGCGGCUUGUCCCCGGGUCCAGAGUGCCUUUUUUCUCUCCACGAUCUCUCCCUUCUCUCUCGCCGUCACCACAGAGGUGGUGCAGGUCCUUUUCGGCCUCAGCGUCUGAGACCUGAUGGAGGAGCCCCCUGCGCCCAGCUCUGUCCUGGGAGCAACCGAAGAGCCGGGGUCCAGCGCAGAGGUCAUGGAAGAAGUGACACCAUGCUCCGUCAACUACCCUCUGUUCCAGCAAGAAGACAAGAGAGGCAUUACCUACCGGAUCCCAGCCCUGCUCUACGUGCCCCCUGCACACACCUUCCUGGCCUUUGCUGAGAAGCGGUCCACCAGCAAGGAUGAGGAUGCUCUCUACCUGGUGCUGAGGCGAGGACUGAGGACAGGGCAUUCAGUACAGUGGGGGCCUAUGAAGCCACUGAUGGAAGCCACGUUGCCUGGGCAUCGGACCAUGAACCCUUGUCCCGUGUGGGAGCGGAAGAGUGGCCACGUGUUCCUGUUCUUCAUCUGUGUGCAGGACCAUGUCACUGAGCGUCAACAGAUAGUAUCCGGCAGGAAUGCUGCCCGCCUCUGCUUCAUCUACAGUCAGGAUGCAGGAUGUUCAUGGAGCAAGUUGAGGGACUUGACUGAGGAGGUCAUUGGCCCUGAGGUGAAGCACUGGGCCACAUUCGCCGUGGGCCCAGGCCACGGCACCCAGCUGCAGUCGGGACGGCUCAUCAUCCCCGCAUAUGCCUACUACAUCCCUCCCUGGUUCUGCUUCCGACUACCAUGUAACACCAAGGCUCAUUCUCUGAUGUUCUACAGCGAUGACAUGGGGACCACAUGGCACCAUGGCAGUCUCAUUAGGUCCAUGGUGACAGUGGAGUGUCAAGUGGCAGAGGUGAUCGGGAAGGCUGGCCCACCAGUGUUGUACUGCAGUGCCCGGACACCAAACAGGUGCCGGGCAGAAGCUCUCAGCACCAACCAUGGUGAAUGCUUUCAGACACUGUGUCUGAGCCAACAGCUCAGUGAGCCUCCCCAUGGCUGCCAAGGCAGCGUGGUGAGUUUCCAGCCCCUGAAGAGCCCAUGUAGGUGCCAGGACCUUAGUGGCAGAGAUGUGCACAGCAUUGAGCAGAGCCGUCUGCUGGACAGUCCACUAAGGCUGCAGGAGGAAGCUGGGAUGCCAUCCAAAUUGUGGCUCCUGUUCUCACAUCCAACCAACAAAAAACGGAGGCUCGACCUAGGCAUCUACCUUAACCAGACACCCUUGGAGGAGUCCUGCUGGUCCCACCCCUGGGUCCUGUACCAUGGGCCCUGCGGCUACUCUGACCUAGCUGUUGUGGAGGAGGAGGGCUUGUUCGGGUGUUUGUUUGAGUGUGGGACCAAGCUGGAGUGUGAGCAGAUUGCUUUCCACCUGUUUACAGACCAGGAGCUCCUGGGUCACAGGCAGGGGGACUGCGUCAGCCCUGCGGGAAGCUGAGCUAACCUGACUGACUCACCGCCGAGGACCCAACUUUCCAUAGAAAGGAAUGGCAGCCACAGCCAGAAAAAGUGAGACUCCUGAAGUCUACAGAGUCCCAGUCGUGAUAUUCUGCUCCCCUCCUGUUUGACAUUUUCCCCCUCCAGAGAGAAAGUAAAAUCUUGUCAUAGCUGCCGCAGUGGAAGGAGCACUGAGCAUGGAGCCAGGAAACUGGGAUGUGGCCUGGCUCUGGCACCAGCUUGCUUCCAGACCAUGGGUGUGGCUGCCGACCUCUGGACCUGAGGUCUCCGUCUGUAAAACAAGAAGAUUGGUUCUACGACUUCUCAUCUUCCCAUCUCUUGAAAGGCAGAGUGCCUAUGGGCUUCAUAAAGGAUUCUGACCUUAAAAUGGAAAUCAGAGGGUCUAGAAGGUGGCAUGCUGGUUAGGUGCUGGACUCCCACAUGGCUGACCAUGGUUUGAGUCCUGGACCCAGUAGCCUGAAAAUCACACUG